AUGGCGGCGUCAACAAGCGGCGAGCAGCGCAUUAUUAAACUGGAAUCGUCGGAAGGCCAUCGGUUUGAAGUCACCCACAAGGUCAUUAGCCAAUCACGCACCGUUAGAAACUUACUUGAUGCUCUUGGAAUGGACUCAUCAAAUGCGGAAGAGACAAUUCCUCUUCUUAACGUGCCAACCGAGAUAUUGCGCUUGGUUCUCGUUUGGUGCGAAAAACAUCAAAACGAUUCGCCUUCGAACGCGAAGAAGGAAGCUGACAUGAGCGAUGAGGAAAAGAAAUGGGAGGAAGAGUUUUUCAGAGUUGAGCAGCCAAUUCUUUUCGAGCUUGUUUCGGCGGCCAAUUAUAUGGACGUUCAAAGCUUAUUGGAUGCAAGCUGCAAGGCUAUCGCUCAGCUCAUCAAAGGAAAAACUCCUGAGGAAAUUCGCCAGACCUUCAAUAUCAAGAAUGAUUUGACCAAGGAAGAAGAGGAGCAGAUCAGUCUCGAAAAUGCUUGGUGCUUUGAGUGA